AUGUCUACCGAAGACCAGAGGCGCCAACUCCACGGCCAGCAGAUUCACUUCAUCGUUCUGGCAGCAGCAACAACGCUCCACACCUACAUGGCAAAGAACGCAUCCGACCAAGACACCAGUUCCGACUCUUCCGACUCGGACUCACCGUCAAACCGCGCUUCGCAGCGGAAAGGCAUACCGAUAAGAGGCAAGGUUGCAAGAGUUGCUAAGCGACGCUCCGCUCGCGCACGAGCGGCCAGAGAGGUUGAUGAGCAGCUCCACAAGCUCGCGGAUGCCCUCAACGAGUGCAACAGACGGCUGGUAGAAGAGUCGCGGCCGCCCAUUGUGCGAGCUUCUGAGGUCAUCUGGAGCAGUAGAUUUGACGAGAUUAGUGAGGAUGACAGGGCAAAAGUGGUUGUUAGAUGGGCUGACAGAGAGAGCGACGCCGAUGUUUUCGCCAUGCUUACUAGAGACCCGCAACGGUCGAUGAUUGAGCAGUGGAACUCUUUAAGCUCUGUGAGUCCAUCCCGUCACAUUCAUCAACAGCAACAACGCGCGAUGUCACCAAGCCGAACCGACGUCCCACCGCCAACAACAGGCAAAGCGACCCGCGAACAAUGCCGCGACGGCAUCUGGAACUCCCUAACCGCUGCCAUUGCCCAAGGCCAUCUGCAGGCCAACCUCAUCAUCCUUCCUUCGAGAUAUGCCAACGACUUCACCUUGCUGUGCAAGCGGAACACCGUACCAUGCCCACUGCUCGCAUCUUCCAUCAAACCAGGGGACUUCAACAACUUCCGGUCCCACAUCCCGGGAGUCUCAGAUGAGCAGAUAGCCGAAGGCAUAGAUAUACGCACCGACGCUCCGGCCUACAACGUCUACCACCACGGGAAGCUCACAAAACACGCUGUUGGGUCUGUCGAGCAGUACUGGGACUCCAACGAUCACGUAGCCUUCCUCAUCGGCUGCUCAUACAGCUUCGAGGAUGCCUUGGCGACGGCUGGUCUAAAACCCGCGCACUUCUUCCAUGGCAGGAGUGUGUCGAUGUAUCGCACUUCCAUCCCGUUAUGCCCUGCUGGCGUCUUCACGGGCUCGACGUAUGUGGUCUCCAUGCGGAUGUACCGGGCAAGCGAGAUCGAGAGGGUGAGAGAGGUCACCAGGCCGUAUGUUGCUACACACGGUGAGCCGGUGGCGUGGGGCUGGGAUGGAAUGAGACGGAUCGGCGUGCAGAAUCUUGACAGCGUCGAUUGGGGUGAGCGUCCCUAUGACGCUGCUGGCCGGCCAAUUGUCCAAGCAGAGGAGGAAGCGAAAGAGGACGGGUUGGUGCCCGUGUUCUGGGGUUGUGGUGUGACGCCUCAAGAAUCUGUAAUGAGGGCCAAGAUACCGGGAACUGUAAUCGGACAUGCUCCUGGCCAUAUGGUUGUGCUGGAUGUAAGGGAAGAUGAUGUGCUUGGGAAGACAAACUAG